AGUUAAUCAGCUAAUAAGAGGAUAAAAAAAAGCAGCAUCUGGUUACUUUUUACCCUCUUAAUUCUUAUGAAAGCAAAAGUGUGCGCUCAGUUUUUCAUGCACUGCUCUUGCAGAUCAUUUUUAUUAUGUAUUGAUACAUAAAACAUUAGAACCGACAGAUGGUGUAUCUCCUUUCCACCACUGACCACAUACAGCUGUGAUCGAUAGUCAUCUCCAUGCACAGAAUGUCAAAGCUUUCUUGAACAGAUGUGCAAGCCGGCAGAGCUACUGCUUUACACAGAAAGCAUCAACACAUAGCUUCCUACACAUUCUGCGUGACAUGAAAAAGGAAAGCGGAGAAGAGGCAGUUCAUCAGAUCAUUGUUCAGCGUGCCCCCCACCCCCUCCCCGCCUGGCCUUCAUUGGCUGUUCUUCGCUGAUUCAUCCAAAGCUGUAGAUCUGAUGAGUGUGGGCCAUUUCUGGGUCAGUGAGCACCAUGUUGCACUGAAUUGGAAACAGAGAGGGGAGGCCGGAGCUUUCAGACCCUCACACACACACAUUACAUUGUCACCCCUUCAUUCAAGUACUGAGACAUGCUGUACACCCUGACAAAGCUGCAGGAGCCCUCGCAGAACACUGUAAAUCACCUUCAGACAGAGCUACUGGAAACACUGCAUCCCUGCUUGUCCGGUAAAGCUGCUUCUAACUCUCCAUUUCAGACGAUUUGGAGGUGCAUGAAAAUAUUCACACAGCAGAGAGAAUGAGGUCGCCCUAUUUCCCAGCCAGAUCUGUGCUUUUCCACAAGGAGCCGAACGGAGUGACGUACAGAGUCCCAGCUCUGCUCUACCUGCCCCGCUCCACAUCCUUUCUGGCCUUCUGUGAGGAGAGGCUCAGCCCGUCCGACUCUCAGGCUCACCUGCUGGUUGUGAGGAAAGGCACUUUCUACAGGAACUAUGUGGAGUGGGAGGACAUCCGUGUUCUGGGCACUGCUUUCCUGCCAGGCCACCGAUCCAUGAACCCGUGCCCGGUCUACGAUGAGUUCACGGGUACUCUCUUUCUGUUCUUCAUCGCUGUUCUGGGUCACACCUCAGAGUCCUACCAGCUGGUGACGGGGAAGAACGUGACCAGACUGUGCUACGUCUCCAGCACUGAUGAUGGCGACACGUGGAGUCCCGUCACUGACCUCACCAAGAAGGUCAUAGGAGACACUAUCAAAGAAUGGGCCACCUUCGCUCUCGGCCCGGGCCACGGCAUCCAGCUGAAGUCGGGCCGUUUGCUCAUUCCUGCCUACGCCUACCACAUCGAGUGCAAAGAGUGCUUCGGGCACCUCUGCCAGACCACUCCCCACUCCUUCUGCUUUCACAGCGACACUCACGGGAGAACCUGGCGCUUUGGAGAGGCGGUCCCAGGGCCAGAGACCGUGGAGUGUCAGAUGGUGUCUGUGGACGAAGAGGAUGGGACUAACGUGUUGUACUGUAAUGCUCGCAGCCCUCUCGGGUACAGAGUGCAGGCCCUCAGUCUGGACGAUGGAGCCGUGUUUCAGGAGGGGCAGCUGGUGCAGCGGCUGGUGGAGCCUCAAAAUGGUUGUCAUGGGAGUAUUAUUGGAUUUCCUGCCCCGUUAAAUCUGUGUCAGAGUCUUAGCAACGAUUUACAGCAACCUGUACGGCUCUCCAGACACUGGACAUCCUGCACCACAGAGUCCAGUCUCUCCACAUCGAGUACCAGCUCUGUAGCCUCUUCAGUGUCAGCAAACAGCUCCAGCACCACCAGCUCCAUCCCACCUCCUCAUAAAGCCCCUCCGGAUUUCCUGACUCCUACCUGGGUAGUAUAUUCCCACCCGACAUGGACGACUGCACGCAAAAACCUGGGCUUGUUCCUCAGCCUUUUCCCCCGAGAUCCAGACAGCUGGCGUGGCCCCUGGGUGAUCUAUGAUGGGCCGAGCGCCUACUCUGACCUGGCCUACCUGGAGCUGUCACCCUCACCUGGAGCCCCACCUGCUGUAGCAUUCGCCUGCCUGUUUGAGUGUGGUACCAAAACAGCUUACGACGAAAUCUGCUUCAGCAUCUUCACCCUCUACGAGCUCAUCGAUAAUCUGCCCCGGGAAGUUUGGCUGGAAACAAACAACGAAGGGCACAGAAAACAGCAGGGGAGGAGCUGCAGACAUGAUGCUCAAAGUGCAGCAGUUUGCCAACAGGUGACUCCUGUGAAGAAGAGGAGGAAGAAGAGCAAGCUGGCUGAGAUGUGCUCUGUGUCUUAAUGUAGAUUUUAAACUUGUGAUAUAAGUUGUCCAUUAACUGUUUCCUAUAUUAUGCUUCACUUUGUUAUUUGGACCUGUGCGGACUGAAAUGUUCUCGGGUUUCAUAAAAUUCUGAUUUUGACAUGAAUACAGAGCUAACACUUCAGAGAAGCGCCUCAGGUCUGCAAAAGGAAGAUAAAACUCUAAAGACAUCGCUUAGUUUUCCCCAUCCCUCCACCACUGUGUGUCACAGCUGGCAUGAGGUUUCUGGGUUUUGUCCAAACGUGGUGCUGUGCAUUAUGAUCAAACAUCUCCAUUUAGGUCUCAUCUGUUCAAAGCACAUUGUUCCAGAAGUAGCUUAUUCAGAUGCAGCUUUGCAAACCUAAGCUGUGCUGCCUUCUUUUUAGAAGCAAGAGACGUACUCCUGGAAACCCUUCCAACCAAGCUUUAUUGUACUUGUUCAGUCUUUUUCUAAUUAUGCUAUUAUGAACUUUAACAUACCAACUGAGGCCUGUUGAGUCUGAGCAGUAGCUCAUUGCUUGAUCUGAACUAAGGGUGAAUUGUAAUUCCUAUGCAAGCAGUGAAGGUGUCCUUAGUUAUUGACAGGACUGCACAGACUCCUGUGAAAGAUUUCUUUUUCACGACUGCAUGUCCAAAAACGUGUUUUGUAAGGGUAAUCGUGACCUCUGAAAUACCCUUCUAAGAUAAAAUGUUCAACAAAAUAGGACGGAGAAUGCCUUCAUAGCUGUCACUUGGAUAAAAAGUAAACAUUUAAGUUCACAGAGGGAAAAAAAUUCAGGACUGACAGACACUGAGAAGGUGAAGUGGUCACUGAGCUUCUGUCCACCAUAUUUUCCAUCACAUCGUGCACACAAGUGACAAGAUAGAUUCUGAUGUGUCACAUUUUAAUUUGAAGGUGUGCAAUAAAAAUCUUUCACUUCCUAAAGUAUUGUGUUGUUUUUGUUGCAAUCUUCACAAACCAGACAUUUUCCUUUGCUGUCCGGUGGGAGUGGGUUGUUUGUUUUUCCAGUCAAUAGAAAAUUAAUACGCAACCAUUAUUGUUCAUUUGCCAUCAGUAAACUGAAUAUUUAAGAAUGGCAGUUGCUGAAAAGGAGCAUUUAAUUUUCCACUUCAUUGACAAAUCUUUGAACAAACACAAUGAGUCAAAAGGGAGCCAGGGCUUUUAGAUAGCAAACCCAGGAGCUAGAACAUGUUAUCAGUGUUGUUCCUUUGAAUUAGUGUCAGAUUAUUCUUUGCAACAGUCAAAUUUGUCCCGCAUCUGUGUCCAAUCUGUUCCUUUUCCUCUCCCAGUCAGUUAACAGGAUAAAAGUCGGCAGAAACAAUCUUACAGUGACGUCCGUGGGCACGUCCCAAAUGACCCGGUGGCACGAGUGUUUCCUCAACUAUGGCUUUCAAGGUCAAUAAGAGCAUUUGUAUUAUUUAAAAAAAAUUAUUGUUCAAAAAAUGUGAAAUGCAGACCACCAAGUCUUAAACUUUUUUUUUUCAGUUUUUCCUUUGGCAAGCUGAUAUUGGGCAGAAACAUGUUUAAUCUGACAAAGUAAACGUCUUCCUCCCCUAAAUUUAAAGUGACAAACAGCAGCCCAGCGCCAAGCUCUCUGAUUAAUCACACCUGCAGCUCUGAUGCAAUAAUUGUCCAAGAACUGCUCACGUCUGCUUGUCCGUGUUUGACCAUCUCAGUGCUGACAAACUGAGCCGUUUGAGAGCACAGCAGAUAAAGUGAAGCAGUUUGUUUGGAUACAGAUUGCUGCAGGAAGACAGCAGGAUCUGGACAGUCUCUUCUCUCUGCUUCCUCCUCCUCUUUACAUAACUCCACUCUCACAGGA